AUGAACAGUGUAGUCGGGUUCACGUUGUCACUCUUCUUUGCUCUGUGUUACGCGGACGACUAUGGCGACAAAGAGGCAAAAGUGAGGUUUUACUUGAGUACCUUUGAUAAAUAUGAAGAGCUGCCUCUACAUCAAUCUCAUGAAAUCAUAAAUUCAUCGUGGUAUAAUAAAAGCCGCAAUACAGUUAUUUUUUGUCACGGUUUUACAGGUUUCCCUACUGGUCCAGCCGUGGAAGCCGUAAUAAAGGCAUAUUUGGAACAAGGCGAAAAUAACGUAGCACUCCUCAAUUGGGAGCAGUUGGCAGCCCAUUCGAUGUCCAGUAUUCCCAACUCUUACCUCAAUUGGGCAGCACCUAACGCUAGAAAACUUGGCGUCCGCUUUGCUGAAACGCUCGGGAACCUUUCGGCUGUCGGCGUUGACUUAACCAGGCUGUAUUUAAUUGGACAUUCUCUGGGAGCACACGUCUUUGGAAUUGCGGGAAACAAUUUAAGACUUAAUGGAAUUCUUUUGCCCUGGAUUAUAGGACUAGAUCCAGCGGCCAUAGGAUUUGAAAAUAAACCCCCAGUUUUACGACUGAAUCCGGGGUCUGCUGAACUAGUUACUGUCAUUCAUUCGGAUCCAAGUAAAUAUGGUUGUAAAGUAUCACUUGGUACUGUUGACUUUUGGCCCAAUUUCAAAGUAUUGGGACCAGUGGUACAGCCUGGGUGUCAAAAUGGACCGGCGCCCAUGCUCUCCGGAGAAGAUCUUUGUAAUCAUCACAGAAGCUGGCAGUUAUUGAUAGACUCUAUAAAACAUCCGGGGACAAUAAUAGGGUCGCGAGCGAGAAACUAUAAGAUUUGGAAACGGUACACUAAUGAUCAGCGCCUUGCAACGACUUUAUCCCUUGAAACAUUUAAAAAGGAUGUGGAACCCGGAAAUUAUUACUUCGUCACGAAUUCCAAAGCGCCGUACGGUUUAGGCGUGGAUGGAUUAUGAUUUGAUAUAUUUUAUUUUAUUUAUUCGAUUGUUAUUAUUAUUGUUGAAUAAAAGUUUUAAAAAC